AUGGCAAUAAGGAUAAAAGUGUUGAAACCAAAGAAGCAGUGGGAAAAACCACCAGUUCACUGGAAAAAACUGAAUUUUGAUGCUGCAUAUGAUAAGGAUUCUAAAAUCUGUGGCAUUGGUCUAAUCUUAAGAAAUUGUGCAGAAAGAUGCUUGGAGGCCUUGGUGAAAGUGACAAAAGCAAGAGACUCGGAACAAGCUGAAGGUCUAGCUUUCUUAGAAGUUGUAGAAUGGAUCAAAACUAAAGCCUGGAGCAACAUCAUCAUUGAAGGGGAUUGCAAAACUAUCAUUGAAGAUGUGACUUCAAAUUUUGGAAAUGUUUUGUGGCAAGAUCAUAAUCUCCUUUCGGAUAUUAGUAAAAUUGUUGAAUCUCUUAAUAGGGUUAGAUGUUUUUUCUUUCCUAGGACUAGUAAUGAAGCAUCUGAUGGAUUAUCCAAAUAUGCCAAGAAGUUUUCUUGUAACCAAGUGUGCUCAGAGCAACCACCUAGAUGUAUCCUCUCUAUUUUAGAGAAGGACAACUAUGUGUAA